AUGGCGCCUCCCACCUAUGCGGGGAUGUCAGGGCGGAAACUGUCCCUGACAGUGUCUACCAUUGCAACAAUGGGGUUCUUGCUUUUCGGAUAUGAUCAGGGUGUGAUGUCGGGCAUCAUCUCAGACCCGGCCUUUAAUGACAUGUUCACGGCAACCAAGGACGACAAUACAAUGCAGGCUACUGUAACUGCAGUCUAUGAAGUCGGUUGUCUCUUCGGAGCAAUCCUUGCAUUGCUAUUUGGAGAUCGAACGGGUCGCCGGUGGAUGGUUAUCGCUGGUGCCACUAUUAUGAUUGUUGGUGUCGUUAUUCAGGUAGCUGCUAUGCCCGGCUCGCUUCCCCUUCUUCAAUUCAUCUUCGGUCGAGUCAUUACUGGCAUUGGGAAUGGAAUGAACACUUCGACAAUCCCCACAUACCAAGCCGAAUGUUCCAAGACCAGCAAUCGAGGUCUCCUUAUCUGCAUCGAAGGUGGUAUCAUCGCAAUAGGUACAGCUAUUGCAUACUGGAUCGAUUAUGGUGCACACUACGGACCACAAGACCUCGUAUGGAGAUUUCCGAUCGCGUUCCAAGUCUUCUUCGGAAUCAUUAUCAUUGUCGGCAUGUUCUACCUACCCGAAUCACCUCGCUAUCUCAUCGCCCACGACAAAGUCGCCGAAGGCGAGCGGGUGCUCGCCGCGCUAGCUGGCACUGAGAUUGAGGAUCGUCACACUCAAACGGAAAAGAAUCUGAUUCUCGAUUCCGUCCGAGCUUCGGGUGCCACGAAAGCCAAGUUCAGCGAUCUGCUUACUGGUGGGCCGUCCCAGCAUCUGCGCCGCAUGCUCGUGGGCUCGUCGUCGCAGAUGUUCCAGCAGAUCUCUGGCUGCAACGCUGUUAUCUAUUAUCUCCCAGUCUUGCUUGAGCAAUCUAUCGGCCAGUCGCAUAACUUUGCGCUCUUGAUAGGCGGUAUUAACAUGAUAUGCUACGCCAUCUUCGCAACGUUCUCAUGGUUCUUCAUCGAAAAGAUUGGCCGCCGUAAAUUGUUCCUGGGAGGCAGUUACGGGCAGUGCGCAGCAAUGAUCAUUACCCGAGCCAAGGCCAACGCCAUUUCCACCUGCAACAACUGGCUGUUCAACUUUACGGUGGUCAUGAUCACCCCUGUCAUGGUGGAACAUAUCGGCUGGGGCACAUACCUGUUCUUCGCAGCGUGGAACGCGGUCUUCAUUCCCAUCAUCUGGUUUUUCUACCCAGAAACUGCAGGUCGUAGUCUGGAAGAGAUCGACCUGAUCUUCGCCAAGGGUUACGUGGAGAAGAUGAGCUACGUGCGCGCUGCGAAAGAACUCCCCAAGCUCUCCGACGAUGAAAUCGAGGCCAAGGCAGCCGAGUACGGCAUCCUCAACAACAACGAGAAAGUCGAGGAGCGAAUCGCCGAACAUGCGCCCCAGGACUCGCAGGAAUACUCGUCCUACCUGCCUAGUCAACUAUAA